AUGGAUACUAAGCUCCUUUGGAUGAUUCAUCUUAAAAAGGAUCUACUAUGGAUAAAGUGGAUCCAUGGAAAUUACCUUCAGAGGUUCAAUACCUGGUCUGUUCCAUCCAAGACAAAUGAUUCAUGGACAUGGAGGCAACUCCUUAAAGUGAGGGAUAUGUUGUUGCACAAGUUUGGUAAUGUGGACAAUAUUGAGGCUGCUAUGACCAAAUGUUUUGCUGAGGGUAAACUCCACUUAUCUGCGGUUUAUAAGUCCCUUAUCCAGCCUUUGAUUACAGUGCCCUGGGCUAAAACUGUAUGGGAUAGUUUCUUAUAUCCCAAGCACUCUUUCAUUUUGUGGCUUGUUUGUCAUUCAAGGAUUCUCACUAAGGAUAGAUUGUGCCGAAUGGGUAUCUUGAGCACCAAUCAGUCUCACUGUGUUCUGUGUGAUAGGCAGGAGCUGGAGACUAGUAGCCACAUUUUCUUUGAAUGCCAAUUUUCAGCUGAAGUUUGGAAUUCAGUGUUGGAAUGGCUGAAAUAUAGAUGGAGAUCUUGUGUAUGGAGCUUGGUUUUGAAUUGGUAUUCAUGUAAUUUGAAAGGAAAAGGUCCUAUGAAGAAAUUGAAGAGGAUGUGUUUAUCCACUGCAGUCUAUAUGAUCUGGAAGGAGAGAAAUCGAAGAAUUUUUCAAGGCAAAAUGAGUCUCCCUGCUCAGGUUCUAAGAGAGAUCAAAUUCUCAGUUUUUGCUAAAGUUUACAAUGAUUCUUCUAAUGUACAUAUGAAAAAUAUCAUUGAGGAACUGUAA